ACUGGGCCAAAGUUCGGGGCCGCGGGUUCGAGUCCCGGCCAUGGCGCGAGCCGUGCUCUUCGACCUUGGCGGGGUUCUGCUCAAACCGGGCCUGCAGCACUUCCUGAGCGCCUGCGAGCGCGACUGGGCCCUGCCCAGGGGGUUCCUGGAGGCCGCUCUGGAUUCCGGCGGAUCCCAGAGCCCGAAUUCCCGAGCGCUGCGGGGCCAGAUCGGCCUCAGCCAGCUGCUGUCGGAGCUGGAGGAGCGCUGCCGCGCCCGCGGCCGCUCCCUGGGCGUGGCCGUUCCCGAGGGAUUGGCGGUGUCCCGGCCGUUCCGGGAGCUGCGGCACCGCGGCCGCCUGGAGCAGCGGCUGCUGAGCGCCGCCAGCCAGCUCCGCAGACACGGUGGGGAUGAGGGAAUUCCGGGAAUCCCGGGAGUUCUGGGAGUUCUGGGAGCG